CGCGCCAAUCAAGUCUUUUUCUUGAUAGAUCCGCGAGCGCAAAGACAGGAUCCAAGAAAAUUCAAGAGUAUUGGAGAAGUGAAGCGAUACUAUGGAGAUCAGGUUGAAUCAGCUCUCAAAGAGAUACAAGAAGUCGGAGAGACGAUUGACAGGAUGUGGCGACUGUUCUCACCAUCGACCUAUUCUAGUACUGUCACGCCGGACGUCAGUAGAAUGGAUCGAAUCGUGGAGCUAAUGACACAGUACGAAACAGGAAGGUUGCAGCGACGAGCAUGGGCAGAAAAAAUGCAAUCGAGGCGAAUGCGUCACUUCUUCGAGGACGAAUUUUCCGAUGGAUGGUACCAACCAAUUAUCCAUGAUCUCGAACAUUCGCUCUACAAGGCGAUUAUGGAGCUGGAAAGAGAUUAUUGGCCAAGGUUCAAGGCCUACAUGGAGAACGGUACAGCCAUCAGGACAACUACCAUGCUGUUCUUCGACGACGUUUCAGAAGAAAAUGAAAAGCGAAUGGAAAAAUUCGUCAAUGAGAUGCAUGACUGUACAGUUGGAGAAAUUAAGACGGCCACUCGUGAAAUGUUAAAGGAUUUCAAGCGACUUUAUCGGGAGCUACAGUCUUCCUAUUCGAAUCUCUUCAAAAAAGAACUACCAGAUUACUUGGAGAAUUUCGAAUUUGGGACAAAAUUCGUCAGAGAGAAUUUUGCUAUGGUGAACGUAUUUCUUCAACAAAUGCACUUAGAAUAUUGGAGACAAAGUAAAACAUACGGUUUCUGGAGUCUUGCC